CGGGGGCACAGGUGGUGCAUCAGCCAGUCGUCUCAGUCAGUCGACCCUGUGGCACCUGGGUCUGCCCCGUGACCUCCUGCCAGCGGGCGUUCGACACUUCACGUGGCCUCAAGGUUGAGAACUCAAGAUGCAAGGGUGGGUCUCAUUUGCAAGAAGGGAUCUGGGCCACAAAAGACAAGCAAAAAUAUUAAAUGGAUUUAGCGAAAGCUUUGUGUUCUCAGCCAUGGCCAUGCAGCUUCACUUCGUGUCGCGGGACACGCACAACAGAGGGGCGAUCACCGCCCUGGGAUACCAUCCUUGCAGACGGGAGAUCCUCACGGGCCACCAGGACGGCGUGAUCAAGUGGUGGGAGAGCGAGACGGGGCGGCUGCUCUUGACGAGCUCGGAGCACCAGGGCUGGGUCACCCACUUCGUCUUCUGGCACGAGGCCAAGUUGCUCUUGUCCUCCUCCAACGAUGGCUCCAUCGUGGCCUGGUCGGCAGCCGCCACGCUCCUCGACAGAAUGCAGGUGGGCAGCUCCGUGUACUGCAUGGCGGGGCUGGGCCGCUGGCAGAAGUUGGCGUGCGGCACCCGGUGCGGCUUGCGCGCCGUGCGUCUCAGCGACGGCAAGGGCACGGCACGCGUCCUGGACUCUCCGGCCAGCCUGAGCGUCGCGGCGGACAAGCACGGCGCCGCGGGCGUCGUGUGCUGCAUGGCGAGCAACGACAGCCGGCUCUACACCGGCGGCUACGGGGGGACGCUGGCCAUCUACGACGUUAGCUCGCCGGCGGGGGAGUCCGACGUUUCGCUGCUGCACUGCAACCCUCGCGCACACGACGCCGGCAUCACCUGCCUGGCGCUGCCCACUGACGAUCGCAGCACCUGGCUGCUCACCGGCUCGUUCGACCGCACGGUGAGGCUGUGGUCCCGCGAGGGGCAGCCCCUGCAGCGUCUGGGCCACUUCCUGAGCGCCGUGACGGGGCUCUGCUACGUGCCGAGCGCGCACGCCGCCUGGGCGCUCAGCGGCGCCUGCAGCCCCGUGCUCAUCGACCUGCGGUCGGGAGAGAGCGUGUCCGAGUUCGUGGACGUCUUCUCCGACCCCGUCGAGGCCACCAGACACCGGCUGCAGCUGCUGGCUUACCUGCCGGAGCUGGGCCAGGUCGUAGCGUCCACAAGCCGCCGGCAGCUGCUGGUGUGGAAGUUCGUCGCCUCGGGCUGCCUCACGGCCCUGCGCUGCCUUCAGCCCGUGGAGAGCCUCGCCUACACGCGGAAGGCACCCAUGCUCAUCUUCAGCGGUCUCGCUGACGGGUCGGUCAUGAAGUGGGAGAGGCUGCAGUCCAGCCACUUCAUCUACAGCUGCGAGAAGUUUCCGCUGCCCGGCACGGCCAAGAAUCUGGUGGUGCCCUCUUCGUCGCGUCAACGGCCACGGAGGGCACCGCACGGGGGCCCCGUGCCACCGGGCGGCUCCGACGGCGGUGGCGGUGGCGGCGGGGGGACCCCCCGGCGGCCCGUGACUGCGCCGGGCGACCUGGGCUGGACGCGGGGCCAGCGCCAGUCGAGCCGCCGGAGCGUUCCGGGGCAAGCCGGAGAGGAGAGGCACAGCCGCAACGUGGCCAUCACACGGGCGGUGUUCGUUGAGGAGCGGGACCUGCUGGUGCUGGCCUGCGAGGAUGGCCGUGUGUACGUGUGGGGAUUCGACGAGACCGGCGUCAGCGCGCUCCAGAGAGCCCCUGGGUGGUCGCCAGAUGAGGCCACGGCGCGCUCGCUGAAGCGCUUCGCGGUGCUGCUGAGCGAAGCGGAACUGCGGUCGCUGAUGAAGACGCUCAGGGACAACGGGGAGGACCGGGACAGCGUCACCAACCGCGUGGCCGGGUUUGUGUGCAAGUCCACGCUCUGCGCUCACACCGCCUGCGUGAGCGCCAUCGUAGUGGUGGGGCCGGACGGCGACGAUGGGACCACGUAUCUGGUGAGCGGCGGCUGGGACCGGCGGCUGUGCGUGUGGCGGCUGGAGGAAGGCGCCCUGCACGACACGUUCCUCGACACGGCGCCCGGGACGCCCUACGGGGAGCAGGAGAUCGCCUGCGACGGCGUCAUCAUGGACAUGGCCUUCUCCCCCAAACGGCGCGAGUUUGCCUACGCGUCGAGCGAUGGGGCGGUGCGAGUGCGAGCGUUCAGACCGUGCGGGCCGGAGAUGGAGCUCGUCGCGACGCUCACAGGACACGAGGCCGAGGCGACCUGCGUGCGCUGGCACGGGGUCACCGAGCGCUGGGUCACGGCCUCCCAGGACGGCACCGUGCGCGUCUGGAGCGGGGACGGCUCGAGCUGUGAGCGGGUGCUGGUGAUGCCGGGAGCCGUCGGCGCCCUAUGCAUCGACGAGCUCAGUGGCUGCAUUGUGGUUGGGGUGCAGAACACACUCCGCGUGUUCGAUGCAGAGACCUUCACGCAGGUGCAGGUCAACACAGGGCACAGCGACUGUGUCAGGUCCAUCAUCCACAUCCCCGAGCGAGGACAGUACGUGUCUGCUGGCUGGGACCGCACCGUGCGGGUGUGGAACGCGUACCACCGAGGUCGGGCUGGGCCAUCCAGGGACAACUGCUCUACUACACCCACUCUACAGAGAGGCACUCCGUCACGAGCCGGGGCCGCGUCUCCCCACGCGGUCACUCCAAACCGUCCGCCGCCACCUCAUCUUGUCAUACCGUAGAGCUCCUUCCAAAGUCGACAAUUAAAACUGCUCGUGGUUAAGUUACGUGCGCAUCCUCGUGCCUUCGGGGUGGCUGAGUGGGAUGAUGUCUCUGAUGAAUCCAGUAUUUGCUGGAUGAGAAAAAGAAGACCCCCUGAUAUUGCACCAUGAGAUUAUUAAACUAUGGUAUUCAGUAAUUAAGGCAAGAAUAUCUCAUGACAUUGCCUUCCAUAGUGGGUGGACCUUACUUGGAGAGUUAUCCAAAAUUGCUGAAUGGUAAAACUGUCUUUAAUUGAUGCUUCUUGGAGCUGUACACUAAUAUGCUAAGCUGGAAGGAAGCUCUUGAUAUGUGCACUUCUACAGGAAUAAGUGGCAUGCUUAAGAUGUUGAUGUACAGUUGUUUAUACUUUUUUCGCUGGUUCGUUAGAUCCAAACCUGAGUUAAGUGAAUUAGUGUAAACUCCAGCAGUGUUUACAAUGACGCCACUGCAUUUUAUGAAUAAAUAAAGAAAUCUUCCACCAGCCAUGUUUAAAAUGCUAAUACCGUAAUGAGAAAUGCCAAGCAUUAGUAAGCUAAAUGCUGUGCUGCAUCCCUGAAUUAAUAUACGGGGGUGCACUUUGACAAUAAAACAGUGAGAAAGCUGAUGUAGUUAAUGCCAUUGGUGCAGAGCCAAGACCAAUGACUCAUUGCCCUAGCCAGCACCUUGCCAAGCGAGAAUGCAUUAUUUAAAAUGACAAGUCAUUUAGUAUCACAU